AUGAACGAAGUGAAAGGGAGCUUUGACCAGGCGUUGACUCGGAAGCGUGUUCAAAACCAGUCACAGCAACGAUUGGCACGUGAAGUUACGCUUCGCGACUUUAACAGUCACAACGUGUCGAGUGAGAUAUACAAGCUUGAUAUCAUCAAACUAGGAGCGGCGGCAUUGACCGGCCAGUUAUUAUCAGCGCAUUCUUCUGCGCGAAUUGGGAAAAAUACACACUGCUCGAUGGGUGUACCAGGAUUGUGGGAUGUAUUAAAUAAAGUGGGAAAAUCGACUUCUAUUGUACGGUUGUCAGUUCAUGAGGGUUUUGAUAAGAAUCAAUCACGAAGGAGGGCGUAUCGCAUUGGAGUAGACGCAAGCAUAUGGUUUCACCAUGCGACCUUCAGCAAACAAGGUGAAAAUCCCGAGGCUCGAGGACUUUUCUUUCGUUUGAUUUAUCUUGCCAAACUCCCCAUUAUACCGUUGUUCGUGUUCGAUGGCAGGGAAAGGCCAAAAAUUAAGGCAAGCUCUCACGGAAAUGCCUGCAGUAAGAUGGGAAAAUCAGGGAAUCACCCUCGGGAAAAACAGUUCAAGCAUUUGUUAGAUGCCUUUGGUAUGGAAUGGUGUGAGGCUCGAGGUGAAGCAGAAGCAGAACUUGCCUAUCUUAAUGACAGGGGUCAUAUCGACGCUGUAAUGACGGACGAUUGUGAUGCAUUUCUAUUUGGCGCUCGCACUAUAAUCAAAAAUAUAAGCUCAAGGUUAUCCGGAAAUAAGAAUAACUUGGCGAAGAACUCGAAGGACAAAGUGGAUAAAUUCCACACUAUGAUCUAUCAGGCGGAUGAUAUCGAAAACGAUCCUUCUACUUCUCUUUCAAGGGGCGAUUUAAUCCUCUUCGCCCUUCUUGCAGGGGGGGAUUACCACAAAGGGGUGGAAAGGAUGGGGAAGAAGAUAGCGUUGGGACUGGCUCGUUGUGGAUUUGGCAAGGAGUUGUUAGAAGCAUAUCAAAAUCUUCGAGAUUAUAGAACCGAAUUUGAAGAGUUCAUGCGCCAAUGGAGAAUGCGGGUUAACAUCGAAUUAAAGCACAACACGCAAGGUCAUCUCCCCCAUCGCACGUCACUUUUUUUGUCCGACGAUUUUCCAAACCCCGAUGUUCUGGAAUUUUACGCAAACCCGCUUAACAGCGGCAGUGCAGGUGGACAAGGUUCAGGCAGCAUGGCGAUACGCGACCAAAGUAAUCUCGACCUCCCUAAAAUCGCUCAUGUGUGCGAACAAUAUUUUGAAUGGGGUUAUCGCGCUAAAAUUAUCGAACGCUUCAGAAAUCUGAUCUGGCCCUGCGCUGUUAUGCAUGUUCUACGGCGCGCUGCUCUUGAAGUCGACCGUCGGAAUGAAAAUAUAUCGAACAUUACACGAUGUGGUUCUCAAGGCGAUAUUGGAACGCCUGCAUCAUUGGUUGAGAGAUAUCUCUGUUCUUCGCCUGUCCGGGAAGGCCACUACGAUGACCUCUUUGUUAACAAAGGGUCAAGCUCAAAACUUUUGGUUACUCCUGCAGUAGACAACCCUUUGGUCAACAGGAUAAUAAAAAGCCGCCAACAUGUUUCAACGGAUGGUCUACUAGAGUAUCAAGUGGAAAUAUCUCCUAAACAACUAAUACAAUUAUCAAAUUCCGGGAUUAAAGGUAUUCGACACGCCCCUGUUACUGCAGCAGAAACCGGCUACCCCAACAAAGGGUCUGAAACAGAUCCUUUGAUUUUGUGGGUUCCUGCAGUUAUCCUUUCCGUUGUCCAUCCCACUAUGGUCAAACAAUUCAACGAAGAAAAUGCCAAAAAGUCAAGUAAACUUAAAGGAAAAAAUAAGGGCCGAGCAAACGAACAAGAGCGUACGGACCAAACAGCGGAAUCGGCAUCUGAAGGAGAGAAUAUGCUCUCGGUUCUGCAAUCUUCCAAGCUUCAGAAACGAAGUCGGCCCGAACCACGGGCAGUAGGACAGAACAGUUAUACCGAAGUGCUUAAACCCACAUAUGCAACCGAGGGCAUUGACCCUUGGUUCACAUCCAACUCUACUUCUCAAGGUUGUCCCACGCUUUCAAGGAAUAGCACUUCUGGUUUCCUUUUCACAAUCCCUAAUCCUGACGAAAACGAACUUGAACUAGAAAGGGCGGAUUAUGACAACGAAAUAGACUGUCUUGCAAGCUACGAUAGCGAGGUCAGCCAUUCUACGAGCAAAUUUGAACAAAUCAUUGAUGGUAUCUUGACGAAGAAACGAAAGCUGGCCAAGGAUCCAAAGAGACCUAGGAAGCCUGAAGCUCAUACCAACAUGACAGAUGAGCGACCCUCCAAAAAACGCCAGGUAUCUUCCUUAGUCCUCGACGCUUUAGACGGAGUUGAGUUUAGGUGA